AAAUACCACUACAAAUGUCUUCCCGAUGAACGCAAGAGUUUUCGACUUCUCAAGCUAUUACCUGGCAAAGGCGAAGACCCCAUACGAUGCGAGCUUUCGAUCGAAGACGUCGACAAUGCUCCACCUUAUGAAGCAAUAUCCUACACCUGGGGAGAGCCAGCAGAUAAAAUCAGCGUCCUCUGCCAUGGAAAGCACACUAUAGUCGCAAUCCACCUGCGCGAUGCACUCCGAAGACUGAGGCAUGAAAAUGCUAGCCGAACCCUUUGGGCAGACGCUAUAUGUAUCAACCAAGGCGACAAGAAAGAGCGUGGACAUCAAGUUCAAAUUAUGGGGCCUAUAUUUGAACGCGCCCAAAGGGUCCUCGUAUGGCUUGGCCUGGGCACAGACUUCGAUUCAGGUGCUGCCUUUGAACUUGUGAGGUCACUGUAUCCCAUAUUCGAUGCUCUUAGAUAUCCUUCUCCUAAUGUCGAACCGCCUGACCUCGAAGCACACGUCGCAUGUGUCGCACAAUCACAGUGGGAGGCUUUUGGAGAGCUUCUUUGUUGUCCAUGGUUUACACGCGUCUGGAUCCUCCAAGAGAUUGGCCUUGCUUCUGAAGCUCUAGUGUUCUGUGGCGAACACUGGAUAAGCUGGUCAGAUCUCAUAAUUGUGUGUGAUCAGAUAUACUUGAGAUGCAGCAAGAUCAGAAGGGCUUACAAACUUUAUCUUACCAAUGUUAUAAAUAUUAUGGACCUUUCCUUCAAAUCCGAUACUGAGGAAGACAUCCGAUUUAUCCUCUACACCGCCAGCAACUCUGACUGUUCCGACGACCGAGACAGAAUGUAUGCACUGUUAGGGCAUGCAGCAUUCAAACAGUUCUGUAUCGACUCUCGUAAAUCCCAGUUCAUUGUGGUCGAUUAUUCAUUACCGUUUUUGGACUUCUGCUUCAAUGUUGCUGCAGCAUUACUAGAACUGGAUAACCCCCUAAAUUUUCUAUCAAUCGUUUCUCAUACAGAGGACUCGAUUCAAGCACCCGAACGCACGUCUUGGGCUCCCCAAUGGGAUAUACCUAACUGGAAUUCCUUGUUCCAUUAUAGAUUUUACAGCGUUUCCAGAUCUAUGGCUGAGCACCUAUCCCUCUAUGACCGUGUUCUAAAAGUUGAAGGCCUAUUAAUUGACUCUGUCAUUUUCUAUUCUGAAAAACUACGUUAUUGGGAUAUAGAAGGGCCUCUGCUCACUAAGACGAACACUCUCAAUCUACUGAAGAAGUUGUGGGAAGAUCUUAAGAACAUGUACCCGGUAUCCUGGUCCACCGAGUCUGAAAAAGAGCAUGUUUUUGAGAAGUUCUGCAUGACACUCAAUGUAGGAGGUGCAGUAAGAGGGAAAACAGGCACGCAUUCCUUAAAUAUCCGAGACCGCAUGGCAGAUUGCCUAGCAUAUUUCGACAAGGCUGGAAUUGAACUUUCCUCGGAAACCAGAUUCAACCAUCAGUUUGAAGGUGGCGAUAGCUUUCGAUUCCUUGAAACCAGUCUCGGGUAUUCGCAUCACCGGUGCUUUUUCGUCACGGAGAAAGGGCACUUCGGGGUGGGACCGACAGUAAUGAUACCAAACGACAAAGUCUGCGUUCUCUUCGGAGCAAGUAUGCCUAGCAUACUCAGACCACAAGAGAACGGCGACUACCGAUUCUGUGGUCAAUGCUACGUUCACGGCAUCAUGUAUGGAGAG